AUGUCCAAUUCAACUUCACUGACUGUAUCCUAUUUCAUUCUUGGAGCUUAUUUGAAUAUUGGAUAUUUGAGGUACUUGUGUUUCAUGAUAACUGCCAUGUUGUACAUUGUGAUUGUUGUUGCCAACACGUCUCUGAUUGUGGUUAUCUGUGUGAACAGGAGCUUACAUGAACCUAUGUACCUUUUUCUGUGCAGCCUGUUUGUAAAUGAACUGUAUGGUAGUUCAGGGUUGUUUCCAUUCCUUCUGGUUCAGAUCCUCUCUGACAUUCACACUGUCUCUGCUCCGCUCUGCUUCCUGCAGGUUUAUUCUGUGUAUACAUAUGUGUGUGUGGAAUUUUUUAAUUUAGCCGUCAUGUCUUAUGACAGAUAUCUUGCUAUCUGUUGUCCUCUGCAAUAUAACACACGUAUGACUUCUAACAAGGUGCUUAUCCUCAUUAUUCUGGUUUGGUUGUACUGCUUUGUGAAAUCAUUGAUGACUUUAUCUUUGAGCAUCCGUUUGACACUGUGUGGAAACAUCGUUAACAGUCUGUAUUGUAACAACUACCUUGUUGUGAAGCUGGCAUGUUCUGACACUCAGGUGAACAACAUUUAUGGAUAUUUUACCAUUGCUUUAACUCUUUUUGUCCCUUUGUUUCCAAUCCUCUUCUCGUACAUGAGGAUCCUCAGAGCGUGUUUCUCUGGCUCCAAACAGACCAGACAGAAAGCUGUCAGUAGCUGCGGCUUUGAAGUACUUCAGAGUAGAUUUGAUAAGAGCGGUGUUCCCAGGGCGCUGCGUAUUAUUCUGUCACUGUAUUUUCUCAUCAUACAGCCACUAAUGAACCCUGUCAUGUACGGACUGCAAAUGUCCAAGCUACGAAACAUGUGUAAACAUGUGCUCCGUUAUAAACUGUUGGCUGCCUCCACAGGGAUGCCUGAAAAGCUCCGCCGGAGGUGUGAGUUGAAGGCCUCCUGGACUUGGGACUCCUCCAGACGUUCCCAGUGCACCCACACUACACAUUUGGGCUUACCAGCAGUUACCAACCUGGGUGUAAGAUUUGACAGGCAUUUGACCUUUGACACCCACAUCAAACACCUGUGCAAAACCUCCUUCUACCACCUCAGGAACAUCCGUCCUACACUCUCCCUGUCAGAUGCUGAACUGGUCCAUGCCUUCGUCUCCUCAAGGCUCGACUACUGCAACGCUCUCCUCAUCGGGACUCCUAGCGGGAGCCUUCAGAAGCUCCAAUACGUACAGAACAGUGCCGCUAGGAUCCUGAUGAGGGAUCAAAUACAAGAUCGCACUACUGACCCAUCAAUGCAUCCAUGGGAACGCUCCUCCAUACCUAAAGGAACUUCUCACAUCACAAGCCUCCACACGCAACCUCCGUUCCACAACCAACCAUCGGCUUCGCCCCCCGAGGACCAAACCCCGCACAAUGGGGGAUCGGGCUCUCUGUGCAGCUGCUCCUCACCUAUGGAAUUUCCUCCCAGACCACCUGAGGACCCCACAGACCACUGA